AUGACUUUAUCAAGGGAACAAAGGUAUGACCGGCAGUUGCGUCUGUGGGGCGAUCGAGGUCAAGAGAAGUUGGGCACUGCAAAUGUAUGCGUAUUAGGGGCGAAUGCAGUUGGAUCUGAGCUGCUUAAAAACUUGGUAUUACCUGGUAUCGGUGGAUUCACCAUCGUGGACGAUGCCAUUGUCACGAAACGAGACUUAGGCAGCAAGUUCCCCAGAGCACAGGUUGUCACAGAAUGGCUUUCCGAAAUGAACACUGAGGUCCGUGGCAAAUUCCUGGUUGAGAACCUCGAUAAUUUAAUUGAAAACGAUCCUAACUUCUUUUUGGAAUUUGACGCUAUAGUCUAUACGAACAUUCUUGAAAGCCAGCUUCUUCGAAUUAGUAGGAUCGUUUCUCAAGUCCACAUACCCAUCAUUAUCUGCGUCAGCGUUGGGUUUAUUGGCCUCCUCCGUGUCUCUGUGCAAGAACAUGCAAUUAUCGAGUCACAUCCCGAUUCGAUCAAACCCGAUUUUCGACUUGACAACCCCCCAGACGCUUUUGUUCGUUUGGCUAACGAUCCUGAAAACGAUUUGGAUUCCCUUCCUGUCAGUCAGCUCUCCCAAGUGCCAUGGCUAAUUAUUGUAUACAAGUUUCUUUGUCGUUUUCAAAACGAGAACGGUCGCUUUCCAGCAUCAUAUUCAGAUAAGCAAGAAGUUCGCAAACUGAUAACUACUGCUGCUGAUUGCCUUUUGGCACAGUGCCGUUUGCGCGGGGAAAUUUCGGAGCCCAAUUUUGAGCUGCAAAAUUUUCAAGAGGCAGCGAGAGCUGUGAACACAGCUAUCUCUGUAACGGAAAUUCCACCUGAGGUCCUUCAAAUAUUCGAAGAUUGUCGAUGUCAGUGGUGCGGAGGUCCCGAGGACCGGUCGACUCUGGAACGAUCAUCCAAGUCGACGAGCGGUGUAGGAAAUUUAACAAUGUCGUCAUUUUGGAAAAUGGUGGGUGCAUUAAAGCAGUACACAAUGAACGAGGGCGGAGGAAAUUUGCCUCUUCGUGGCGAUCUUCCUGACAUGACCUCCAGUUCGAGUCGUUACCUGAAGCUUCUGGCCACUUAUAGAGAAGCCGCUGAAACAGCUGUGGAACAUCUGGCCUCUCGUCUAUCUCAUAUGGAUGAACUGCGUUUGGAGGACGUGAGGCUUCUGGCUCGCAACGCAGCCUACCUGCGCGUGAUUAAAUGUCGAUCCCUCGAGGAAGAGCUUAAACUCUCACCAGCUCGCUCAGAUGAUCUGCAUUUGAUUCCAGCGCAGGAGGAGAAUGAUGCCAUGUUGUGGUACUUCAUGCUGCGCGGUGCAGCCAGUUUUUACUCCGAGCACGGGAGAUGGCCGGGCAGUCCGUGCGGAGCAUCGACUCCGAAUGUGGCCACCGCUGAGGGCGGCGAUGACCAAUUCUCUCCUCACAUUGUGGAGCUCGACAUGCCUUGUCUGAGGGGUCACGUGAAUCGCGUACUCACGGCCAGUGGAGUAGCUGUGAACCGAGUCUCGGACGACUUUGUGCAUGAGAUGUGUCGCUUUGGAGGCGGUGAAGUUCACUCCAUUGCCGCCUUCAUGGGAGGCAUCGCAGCUCAGGAAGUAAUCAAACUCAUCACCCAUCAAUUCGUGCCCAUCUGUCAGCCUCUUAUUUACAAUGCGAUUACCCAAAGGGUGACUCUUCUAGAGUUCUAA